AGUGAACCCCCUGUGUACACGUGGAGAAAGACAGUGUUGUUUAUAGAUAUCAAAAAUGAAAAAGUAAAUUGAAGUUGUUAAUAACCAGUCAAAUAAACAAGUUCUAUAAUACCUUACCUAUGGCAAGAAAGGCUACAAAAGGCUUUCGCUGAUGUCAAGAUGCCAAUAAUUAUUAAAAAAGUGUUUGGUGUGCAGUGGCGUAAUGUAACAGUUCGUGGCCCUUAAAAUGCUUUGUUCGGGGGCCCUUGCGCAAUGAUAUAUUUACAAAAUCCGGGCAAAAAUAAGAAAAAACCAGCAAAAAAGUACUUGAUGUGAUCAAGCCGCAGGAAUUUCAAUUUCUGAUAAGUACUGAAAGAAGCCUUGAGAGACACAAUUUUACGAUUGAAUACAGUGAACUACGCCGAUCAGUUUGAUGAAGUACUUGAAAGGAAGUUUAAGAACUCAAAAUCAUAAAAAAAUUUAACGGAGAUUAGAGAACUGGACGUUAAAAUACAAACAGAGAUGUGAAAUUUGAAGCUAAAUCGGAAUCUGGUAGAAGAAAUAAAACAAAGAAGGGCUUACGCAGCUAAAAUACAGAAGCUGAAAGGAAAUUCGGUGCCAAGAAAAGGGUAGCUGGGUAUGGGGGUUCGGUGGAAAUUCAAAGGGAAAUUUUUACACCCCUCCAGAAGGAUAAAUUGAAGAGAUUUCAUGAUGAUGUAGAUUCUCAAUUUAAAGCAUUGUUGGUUUUAGGAGUCGCAUGAGAGCAUUGUUCAGUAGCUGUUGUUCCAGAACUUAUGAGUAAAAUGCCCAGAGAUGUAGCAAUCAAUAUUCGACGUUCGAAGGAUGUAAAUCAUGAAUGGAUAUGGAUGAUAGGAGAGUUUCUUGAAAAAAUGUGGCAAGAAUUUGUAAUCGCAAGUGGGUCACGUGAUCAGCCAGCCAGGCAUUGAAAGGAAAAGGGACGGCAGAGUGUUGUUAGUUGGUAGUACUUCAUGUGUUUACUGUCUAGGAGAACAUCAAAGCAUAUGAUCAAAGUGAAGAGUGCAACCAAGUCGAGGAUCCGGACAAAAGAAGGAAUAUUUUUCGGAAAUACAAUAGAUUCUUCAAACAAACAUAAUUAAUCCAUUCAAUAGUUACGUCUUCUUUUAAUAGCAUAUACUAUUGGCAACAGAAGGAAAUUAUUGCUCGAGGAAAAAGUAUUAUUCACAUACAGCAACAACCCUAUUGAGACAAGAGCUAUUUUCGUGUGGGAAAAGACCUUGAUUGUAAUUCAGUCAUCCUUCUAGAAAAGUAUACCCAAACUUAAUUGUUUGUUGACCCUCGAUACUUGGGAAAUUCCUAACAGAAUAAAUUCAAUUAGUAGUCAAAGAAGCUGUGAUUGGCAAUUGAUAAUUACGAGAAAGAGCAUGGAUUACGAUAAUUAGGAGAACGGCGGAACAAAGAGCAUGUAGAGCUCUAAUCGAGAUUUUCGAACCCGGAAAAGAAACCGUAAAUAUCGAAGAAAGGGAAGCGAAAAAAGGGAAAAGAGACCCCAUCAACACAAGUUUGAGGAUCCAGGACGAAGUGGAGAAAAGAAUUUUGAGAAUCGGUCGAGCGGUUUUGGCUGGUAAGCGUCUUCACCGCUGGGCGGUGCGGAUCCUUUGUCUCGGGUCAUUUGCAUAUCUGAAUUUUUGUUAUGGUAAUCGCGAAAGAACUCGCACGGUUGGGGAAUUUCAAACACAAUAAAGGCCCUAUAACACUAUCACAUUCAGCUACAAUUAGCUUAACAUGUUUUCUGUUAUCGCAGAAAACGAGAGAAUGUGAUAGUGUAAGUCACCGCUCCAAGCUGCUUGUAUUUGCUUGUUGAGUGGAAAUUCAAUCCAUCUUGAGAAAUUACAAUCCAUCUUGAGGGAAAAACUUUUGAUCGCUGUUCAAAAAGAUUUCCAUCAUCUUCAAGUUUUUCAAAGGAGCCGAUAAUUAACAUAAAAUAUUGCUCACGUAACGAACAUUUUGGCGCGCAAGUUUGUUUUGAGUAGGAUUUGAAAAUGGAGGAUUCCGAAGACGAUUAUUAAGAAAGAAGAAGGAAGGCUGCAGCGGCAUUGAUAAUUUAUUCUUUGGUCAAAAAGAAGCCUAAAAGAAAAAGGAUAAGUUGCUGGGUAAAGCCUUGGCUGAAAGCAAGGGUGGCUAGUGGAAAAGGCAUCUAUGGAAGUUUGAUAAAUGAGCUGAGAUUAAACGACAAACGAUUUAUGCGCAUGAACACGGAAACUUUCGAGGAACUGCUCUCCAAAGUUAGACAUGACAUUGAAGAACAAACCACCCAUUUAAGAACGCCAAUUAGUACCGAAGAGAAACUGGCAGUAACCCUACGAUUUCUUGGAACUGGAGAAAUCUUUGAGAGUCUCCAAUAUCAAUUCCGGAUACAUCAGACUAGCAUCACAAAAUUCGUUCCUCUUGUAUGUGACGCAAUAUACAACAACCUGAAAGUAGAGUACUUCCAUUUUCCAACAUCGGAGGCUGAAUGGAUCAAGCUAGCUCAAGGUGCAGAGGAAAAAUGGCAAUUUCCAAAUGCAUUUGGUGCUGCAGAUGGGUUUCUGCCUAUUGGAAACACGUCUCAUAAAGUUGUGGACGAAAAAGAACAUCAGAUGAACGGCAAAAUUUGAACUGUUUUACAUUGGUGCCCUGCGGGAGAAAAGCCGAGCUGACAAAACGCGAUAAUGGACUCAUACCGCGGAAUAAAGUUAGUUACAGAUACCUGUGAACAAUAGAUGACCGGCCUAGCUGCCAUUAAUGCAAACCCAUUUUGUUUGUUUGUAACCUUAUUUUAAUUCGAUAUUUCUUCUAGCUAUACAUAUUUAUAUAUGGAUAUAUACACAUGCAACUAAUCUGAAUUGAAUCUACUGUAUAACAAAUGAAGGGGAUAUAACUAAGGAAAUAAAUACGUACAUACAUAAGCUAAAUAUUUGAAGCAACAUGGAUAUGAAUGGACAAAUAUUACAGGAUAUCGAUAUCAUUAUAUUUGCAAACGUUGCAUUUACAGCUAGGACCACCCCGUCGUGUUAUCAUACAUUUGAAGCUGUUAAGAUUGUCAGCUGAUUUUAGUGCAUUUGGCAGACAGUUCCAGAUCUGAGGUCCUGUGGCUUUAAGGGUCUUGGAACCGAAAGUUACUUGGUUUAGUAGAAAAUGAUUUAAGUUUUUAGAAUUCCGGGAAAGAUAUUGUAAUGUUCUUGAACUAAAAAUGCUAUGCGUAAAAGGUGGAUUCAAAUUUCUGAUUGUCUUGAAUAUUUUGAUACAGACGGUUCUCUGACGAGCAACUUCCAUUGUACACUUUUUUGACCUAGGAGCGUGUUUGUCCACUAUAUUUCGGAAAGUGUUUGUCAGAUGGUCGUAGAAUUUACCCGGGUUAGUCCCUUCGCAUUCAAAUUGAGUGCUUUACAUCGCUCAAGAAAUUCUCUUGGACAAACUUUUUGUAGCUGCGAUACUUUAUUUGUUUCGGUUUUAACCUAGGAACAGUUGAUUUCAUAGUGGUAGCAUCCAGACUAUUAUAGUCACUUAGACCUGUUUCAAAAACAGUGGUUUUCUGGAAGGACCUUGGUCGAUUUGUCAGAAUAACAUCAAUUGUUGAGCUGCGAUUCCGGGAUCUGUUACAUUUUGAGUAUCAAUAUUGAUAUCGCCAAUUACAAUUAUGUUGUCGUACCGAUCUAGUCCACGAUUAAAGACGUGGGCAGAUCUGAGAAAAAUGUUUCUAUAUUAGCAUUUGGUGGGCGGUAAAUACUAUAAAUUAUCCAUUUCUUUUUGCAACUACGAGUUCAGAACACAAUAGUUCAAGAGACGAGACUUCAAAAUUGGGCAACCUAUUGCAAAUAAUGCUUUUCUUUGAGUAUUACAUAAGACCUCCUCCAAAUUCAGACCUAUCCAGGCGUGUUGGACUUCUGUAAUUAUUAAUGAGAAACGACUCUGUUUUAAAAUCCGAGUUUCAUUUUGUUUCUUCUAUGAGCAAUACAUCAUGUAAACAUCUUUCAGCGAUCACUCUAAGAUCAGUGAUUUUAUUUCUAAGAUUGUUUAUGUUUAAAAAACCUAUGAGCAAG